ACUGGAUGCCGGGAGCGUGAUACGCAAGCGUCGUUGGCCUCGUGGUUGGCCAAACCCCCCAAAUUGGGAGGAUUUUCCAACCGACAUGGCAGCCAAGUUGGGGGUCGGGAAGAGACGAUCACCGAAAACGGUGGAGGGACCCAAGCCACAUCAGACAGGGCUGGCAACCAAGAUGGGGCUCAGGAAGAGACGGCACCCGAAGACCUAGGAGACACCCAAGCUGCAUCAAAUUGGGCUGCAGAGAACGAGGGCGUAGGGGUUGCCUCGGAAGAGGAAACUCCUAGGAGGUGGGGACGGCGAGGGCAACGCAGAAGGACACGUGGUGGAGACGGUGGAGGCGUCAACG